CAGGAGCAAGCUCCACUCGCUGCUCUCCACGAGGAGCAGGAAAAGCGCUCCGCUGCAUCUAAUAACUCCACCAAGGAUCGUGAUUUCGAAGGUGGCUUUGGAGGCCAAGAGGAUCUGGAAGAUCGGUACGCAACGACUAGCGGAGAGCACUAG